UAUUACAAUUCGAAAUGGCUGAGGUGAUUGAUGAAAUGUUGGCGGGCCUUGUCUCGCAGCGCGUAACAAUGGACGGGCAAGUGGAUAAGAUCGGGGCUAUCAUGGAGAAAUCCAACAAGACUCUUUUGCACAUUGAAUCGAAGACGGUAGCACAGUUAUCCGCUUCCCAGUGCAGCUCUUCAAAAGCCCACAACGUUACGCCAGGUGUUGAACUAUCAUUGGUUAAAAUACUGGAGAACUUUCAGCAGAUGAUGCAGCACAGCACUGAGCCCAACAAACGCAUAUACAGUGCGUUAGACGGCUGCUUGGCUUAUCGGCAACGCGUUGAGAACUUGGGCAGCAGUGUGCGAAAAUUGGUUGCACUACGCGAUGGAAUUAAACAGAUGAAGAUCGACCUGGAUGAGUAUCAGCAACAGCAAGAGGAGGGGGAUAACGAAUUGGAAGAUGAUAUUGGCUACUAAUGUAAAUAAAUUUUAUUGAGCAUCAAA